GGCGGUAUUGGCGUCCUGUCGGGCCGCCCCCCGCGGGCGUCAGAGGGAGGCGGGCGCCCCGCGCGGUGACGGCGACGCCUGCGGCCGCGGGAGCUCUCCACUCCCAGCCACCGGAGAGGCCGGUGACCUCUCGACCGCCCCGCCUCAGAGGCUCAGAUGGCUCAAGCGAAGAUCAACGCGAAAGCCAACGAGGGGCGCUUCUGCCGCUCCUCCUCCAUGGCCGACCGCUCGAGCCGCCUGCUGGAGAGCCUGGACCAGCUGGAGCUCAGGGUGGAAGCUUUGAGAGAAGCAGCAAGUGCUGUUGAGCAAGAGAAAGAAAUCCUCCUAGAAAUGAUCCACAGUAUCCAAAAUAGCCAGGACAUGAGGCAGAUCAGCGACGGAGAAAGAGAAGAAUUAAAUUUGACUGCAAACCGUUUGAUGGGACGCACCCUCACUGUUGAAGUUUCAGUAGAAACAAUCAGAAACCCUCAGCAGCAAGAAUCCCUGAAGCAUGCCACCAGGAUUAUCGAUGAGGUGGUCAGUAAGUUUCUGGAUGACUUGGCAAAUGCCAAGAGUCAUUUAAUGUCACUGUAUGGUGCGUGUCUGUCUGAGGUGCCACCUGGGCCAGUUGACCAGAAGUUUCAAUCCAUAGUAAUUGGCUGUGCACUUGAAGAUCAGAAGAAAAUUAAGAGAAGAUUAGAGACUCUGCUUAGAAAUAUUGAAAACUCUGACAAGGCCGUCAAGCUGUUAGAGCAUUCUAAAGGAGCUGGUUCCAAAAGUCUGCAACAAAAUGCUGAAAGCAGGUUUAAUUAGUGUUGAAACCUGAGAGCACUUACAAAUGAUGAUGUAAAAAUGAUAAAACACUAUUUUAAGUAUUAACUAGUUCUUUAUGUUAGGCGUAACCACUCAUUUGAUACUGAAAGUUGUUUCAGAUGAUGAAAAUAUUCCAGUGUCAUCAGUUUUAUGAAUAACAAAAGUAGAGAUAUUUUAAUUAUCUUGCUAGAAAUUUUUGGAUUGAAUUGUCUUGUACUAGGAUCUAGCACCUAAUAUGUAUAUAUUUUUUACUGUUAUGCGGAUAAAUACUUCAUAUGUGGCGGGAAGUGCUCAGUGAGGGGCAAAAGCAUCACCUUUCUUUCCUGGACCUUGUCAGGCGUGGAAACACCUGGGCACAUAGGGCAUCUGGUUGACUAGAAAUUCUUUACCUUAAGCAGCAGCACAUACCCUUACACAGCUAGUGUUAGCCAAGCAACGUGCCAUACCCUUACACAACUAGUGUUAGACAAGCAAUGUGCUUAGCGGGAUGAAAGGAAUCACAGUAAGAUCCUUUCCCUAUAUUCUCUUUCAUGCAGCAGGUUUUUUUAGAUAUCUGUACCAAAUUAUUUUGAACUUAGAAGAUUUACGCGUCUCAUAAUGUGAAUGUAUUUCUUGAGAUAUGAAAACAUGACAAAAUUAGAAAACAGACACCUGAUUUUUCCACUGUGAACAACUAUAUACAUCUUCAUCUUUUCCCAAAAGCAUCAUUUCUCUAAAAUUUUAAUCAUUGUGUAAAUACAAUGUUGUAACUUGCUUUUUAAAAAAAUAAUUAAAUGCUACUAUAAAGUCUGCUGAAUUGUCAACUUAAAAACCUCUGACCAACCCAUUCCCUUUACUGGACAUUUAGGUUGAUUCCUAAUUUGUUGCUAUUACUGCAGCGUAUUUAUGUACAUAGAUCUUUUUCCCCCUUUGGUUUUUGAUUUUUUUGUAUAAAUUCCCAGCAGUGAGAUUUACUUGGUCAAAGGGUAUAUACAUUUUCAUAGCUUGACAUAGUUCCAUUUUUUUUUUUGUAUAAGAGGUACAUCAAUUUAUACUGUCUUCAAUAAUUAAAAUGUAGCUAUUUCACUGAAAGCUCUCUAGCAUUGAGCAGUGUUUUUCUAAAAUUAGAUAUGAAACACCUUUAGUUUGCAUUCGUUCACUAACAAGGUUGAGCAGUAUGUUGAUUAUUGUCUGUGAUAAAUGAAGCAACUAUAGAAUAUUUUUAUUUAUUGUUAAUGUGACUGAUACACAAAACCCUCAAUUUUCCCAAACACCAUUGCUAAAUGAAUAUAUCAAACUCAUUUUUUUACUAGAACGUAAGUAUUCUUUCACACUGGGGGAAAAAAAAAUCCAGAUUGGUUUUAUAUAUUUAUAUUAUGUAUAUCUCUCAAUGCAGACAAUAUUGAGCUUUGUUUUCUGGACAAAAAUUCCAAAUUACUCUUUUCAUAAAAAGCAAUUACAGUCUGAGGACAUUUAUGGUUGGUUGGAUUGCCAGCCCCAAGUCUUUCAUGGGAAACAUUAAUUCUCAUUGAUAACUGUGACAAAGCCUCUUGAUUUUUCAGCAGAUUCUAAUUUGCUGUUAUCAGGUUCACUGUCAGAUAAAGAUUUUUUGUGCUAAUCUUUUCAUCAGCUUUUCGAAAAUCAAGAAACAAUCAAGUUCUCCAGCACUCUUAGUGUCUAUAAAUCUCUUCCACUCAGAAAUACUCCCCCUUUGCAUUUACUCCAUGUCAACCCAGAACUUUUUCUACCACAAAAUAUCCCAUCUCUGCCUCCACCUUUGUAUUCUUUGUAUUGUUUCUGCAGUGGAGUUUACUGGAGACCAUUCCUUAUCACAGACUUAAGAGCUGUGAUCUGCCAUCUCCAAGCUGCUUCAGCCCCUGGUCUCCGGCCUCCAGCCCUCUGGGCCUCCAGCUUGAUCCACAUUCAAGGGCAGUGAUCUCAAAGUAUUGUUUCUGUUUUAUUUUUAAGAAUGGAAGUGUAAUUUAUUUUCAAAUAGUGAAAGUCCCGAGUCAAAUUUUUACCGUCAUUUAGACUGUCAUCUUUUACAUAGGUAAUAGAUUGGGACUCCAAAGGAAUUCAGAGUAUAUGUUUUGUCUGUGUUGAAAUACUCCCUAACGAGCCUACUCCAAUUCCAUACCACGUCUAGAAUGUAAUGUGCAAUGUCCGGACAGCCCUUUGCCGUCCCUUGUGAGAACUGCGUCCCAGCAGAGUUCCCAUCCCCACCCUAGCUCUCCCAGUGUAAAGCUGGCAGGACCUGCACAAGAGUUGACAGACCACAAUGUUCAUCGACUGAGGACAGAGUGACACUGCUGACCAGUGAAAAAUAUGAGAUAUAGAAUUUGACCCUCCUGGUAUUAUAAUGUAGGAAUCCCUGGCAUUGAAGAAAAAAAAAAAUCCUAAAGCUUUCAGAGAAAAGUUAUUUUUACAUAUUUUGAAAUCCUGUAAAAACCAGGUAUAUUGCAAGGGGUUAAAAACACAAAGUCAUUGAUAAACGAUGAUCGGUUUUAAGAGUUCAUGCCAUUGUCUUAGUUGGAAAGCUACUUUCAGAGGGAUGGGGAGAACUAACAACAGUAAUAAAUGUGAACUGGUGGCUUCCAGCUGUGCUUCCCUCCCAGUGAAUGGAGUCCUUUUCACUUAAUAAAACAUUAUUAGCCAAGUGAAAUAUUAUGCAGAGGGACACAGUGAGUGCAGGCACGGUGCUUUGUAUUGGAGCUCACUAACACCCUGACUCAGAAUACUCAGAAUUCACCCCAAAGAGGUGAUCAACUAAUGAGAGAACUCGGUUUCCAUUUUAAAAUUGGAAAGCGUGAACAAAUUGAACUACUGAAAGUAGCAAAGUAAGGAUCUGGCAAACUAAAAUACACGCAAUGAAUUUUAACUAGGAAAACAUCUGUGCAUUUGUCCCUUUCAAAUGAUUGUGAUAAAUGCUAAAAUACUUUUGGAGUGCAUAUAUGUGAAAUGCUAUUUUUAAAAGCUGGAUUUUACAAUUAUUCAGAAACAAAAAUGGAAAGUAAACGCUGAGAAUUUUGGAAAACGAAAAGACAAGAACAGCAGUGAGCUUGAACUUCUUUUUGUGUGUGUCUACUCAUACAACAAACAAGCAAAAUGAAAUGGACCUUCUGCUUAGGGACCUGACCAUACUAAGUUUUCAAUCAUGAACUAGGAGUAAACAACUUGAACUGGACACUAAUUAUCCACCUCAAAGCAGCAAAUACUGUAGCAAACGUGCUUCCCUUGUCUAUAGAUAGUGAGCUGUUCAAAUCACUGUGGCAUUUACUCACAUGUUUGGGGAGGGCCGCUUUCAGUCUCUAGUCCAGCUUUAAUAUAACAUAUUCCAGAGGUGACCAGAACAGAUUAAGUUGGGCACAGUUUGUGCAGGAAUUUUACAAAUAGCAUCAGAAAAGAUCAAAAAACCUGGCAUUGGAAAACUGAGCUAGUGAUACAUAUCACACCAAGUACUAGCUUUGAAAUCCAUUUAUUUUUUUUAUUAUUAGAAUUCUUCAUGAAUUUUUUAUUACGUAGUAUAUUUUAAAUUAAGCUCAAGGGCAUAACUACAACCCAGCAGCAAUACAUACAAGUGGUUUUCCAUUCAAAUUUACAAAAGCAUUAUUUAAUGGUAAAAAUAUAGAAGGGGUUCAGAUUUCCUUUUAAUUCAAAGGUUUUAUUUUAAGACCACUUACCAACAUCCUACUAUAGAUAUUUAGAGAGAGAAAAGAAAAGGAGCACUACCUAAUAAAGGUUAUUACACCCAAACCACCCAAUUACCUGGGAGUUAAGUGAUUGCAUAUUUCACAGUCCAUUGUGGUUUUAAAGUAUUUUCUGUUAGCAAAUAAAUUCACUUGUAGUAUGAUAGCCUUACAUGUUUUCGGGUAAAAACCUAAAGAGUGAAAAUAGUACAUUUGAUAUUCGUAACUAAUAGUUAAAACUGAAGAAAUCUACCUGUUCAUUAGAUUGACUGCAGUGUGGGACAAAUUUUUACAGUUCAUUUUGUUUUCAGAGAAACAAAUACCCUAAUGAUACAGUAAUGGGAGCACUUCAGCAAGUUACCAGUAACUUAGGUCAAAGGUUUUGAACAGGAUACUAACAAUUAAGGAUAUUUUACAUUAAAGUAGUUCACUCUAAGUUGGGACAUUUGGUCCAGAGACCAAUUCCCCAUUCUAAGAUCUUCAGAAAAGAGCCGAGUUCCUCAAGUCACAGGCACAAUGGAGCACAUUAACGAGUUCUUUCUUAGCACUGUACUGCCAGUUUCCCAAACAACCAUCUGUCAAGAUCAGGAAGGCGUCCAUCCGCUUUUUGGUAGUGUUACUUUUACUUCAUUUUGGAAAAGGACGUGUGCUAUCAACUUUGGGAAACCAUGAAAAGGAAACCAUUUAGCCUGGUUUUAUUUAACUAUAUUGCCUUAUAUGGGCUAUUUUGCAUGAUAUUUAAUUCAAUAGGCAGGAUGUCAGAGGAAAAGGAGAAACCUUAGGAACUUUUAAAUAUGGCAGUUAUUCCACAGCUAUAUGUCUGUAUGCUAAAAAUUAGCUAUAAAGUAAAAAAAUACAUCAGAGCACAAAUGCACAACAUUCUGGAGUCGUAGAUAAGUUUUCCUUAGCAACCGUGGUUCAUUAGAAAUUAAUAGUCAAGUUAUUUAAAAGAAUUAAGGGUCUCAAGGGGAAAAAAAUUCAAUGUCAAUUUCGAAGGUUUUAGAAUUAAUUGAACUGGGAAAGUUUUUAACAUUACUUGUGUCUAAUUUUCAGGCCUACUUAAUUAUUUAAAAUAACUAAUUAAGCUAGAUUUAAAAUACAAAGUGCAAAUUAAAAAUUCAAAUGUGUAACAAAGAUCUCUCUUCAGUUCUUAUAAAAAGAAAAAAAAAGACAAACCUAAGUACAUAAAAUUGUAUUACAAAUAUCAGGGGAACCACAACCACCAUCAGAGAUUACAUUUUCUAUAUAUAAAAGUAACAAACUUUUAUCCACACAUUUAAUUAAUAUGAGCUAGAACUACAACAUAUAUAAUGUGAUUUUUCUGCUAAAGACUGUAAGACUAUUUGAUGCAAAAUAAAUCUUGUGCAAAAAUUAAAGAGACUAUAUUUCAAGAGAGUAGAAAAAGAAAUAUGCAUCACUAGCAGGUGUCCAUUGUUAGCAACUGAGUUUGUCGCCAACACCUAUCCCACU